UUUGCCGUUCGCCUGUUCCUCCUCUUCUUGGGAUCGGCGGUUCCGCCCCUUCGCCCUUUGGCUCGCCCCCGUAAGAAUCCUAAAAUAAAAGAAUCAAGAUCGUUUGUUUAACCGCUUAUCCCCCUAUAAAUGGAUCGCGAUCCCUUCCGAUUUGGCCACCAUUCCGUGAAGUUCUUCUUCUCGUCGACGUUGAUGGAUCCGUAGAGCUUUUUCGUGUGAUGUGGAUUUGGGGUGUCUAUGGAGGUCCCCGUGGUGCGUGAUUGGGGCGCGUAGGGUGGAGGGACGAAUGGCGGAUUUUCGGCACAAGGAGGCCGACCGGGAGUUCCGGCGGAGCGUGGAGGAGCUGCUGCGGCGCGGCGGGCGCGGGGAUGGGUGCGUCGGUGAGGAGGCGGACGAGGCUGGCGCUGGCGAGGGCGCCGACCAGCUCGCCCGCCGCCGCCGGCGGUCGGACCUCGAGGGGGAUGACCUCGCCGAGACCUCGGCCGCCGCUCGCCGCCACUCCCGGAUCCUGAGCCGGUGGGCGGCUCGGCAGGCGGAGGAGAUGAUCACCACGAUUGAGAGGAGGAACCGGGAGUCCGAGCUGAUGGCGCUUGCGCGGCUCCACGCUGUGUCCAUGCUCGACGCGUCCUUCCUCCGCGAGUCGCGGCGGGCGCAGUCGUCGGUCGAGCGCCCCGUGGCCGCCCGGGCUUCUUCCGUUCUCCAGAGGUGGCGCGAGCUCGAGGACGAGUCGGCCGCUAGGGAUCGUAGGAGAGAUUCCUCUUCUAGGAUCGACGCCUCCAGUAACCACCGUACUGCGCCGGAAACCCAGGUUUCUGUGGUGCCGAGGGAUACCUCGGAGGUAACCAGUGAGAGCAAUGACAAUGAGGAUUCUGAAUGGCCCGAUGAGCCGUCGGGCCUGAGAAGGCAGGGUGUGGAAGUCGAGGAUGCUGAGGAGCGGGGAUCAAGUAGAGAACAGUCUCCUGAUAUUGGAGAUGGUGGGGAUCGUGAGAUGGAGAGGGAGAGGGUGACGCAAAUUGUGAGCGGGUGGAUGACAGAGAUAGCAAUGGCAGACACUGCACAAGUAUUGCGGGGGAGUGGUAGCUCAAGGAGUGAAUGGCUUGGUGAGAGAGAGCGCGAGAGGGUGAGGCUGGUCAGGGAGUGGAUGCAAACUGUGAGUCAGCAGAGAGAUGUUCGGGCUAGCCGGAGGGAGGAGCAGGCGAGGGAUGGUGUCAUCACAAAUCGUGAAGAUCGUCGACCAGAAUGCACUCAGAGGAACUUGCUGAGGCUCCGGGGAAGGCAGGCUCGCCUUGAUCUGAUCAUGAGAAAUGUCAGGGAGCGGGAAAGGGAGCUUCAGGACUUGUCACAGCACCGGCCUGUUUCGCAUUUUGGGCACCGCAUACGCAUACAGUCUGUACUCCGAGGUAGAUUCUUGAGAAAUGGCAGGUCUGUUGAGGAUGGACAACAGCAUUCCGUUGCAGCUAGAGAAUUAGGUCAGCUAAGGCAGCGUCAAACUGUAUCUGGCUUCAGGGAAGGAUUUCGCUCUCAAGAGAGCAGUAUUGUCACUGAUCAAGCAAGCAGCCAAUCUGCUGAUGGUGAUAGCGUCAAUAUAUCUGGAAAUGAUAUCUCUGUCACAAAUGCAUUGGAGGUUUCCGAUGUGACCUAUGAUCAAUUUCAAGCAAGCGAUGAUGAUAUUGAUAUACAUCAGACAGCAGAAGUUGAUACUACAGUUCAGAUGGAAAGCAACAUGCAGAGCAGUGAUAUGGGCGGGAGAGAAUAUGCAAUUCAGGAUGAUAAUUGGCCGGAGGAUGAUGCAGAACAUGGGCAAGGGGAUUGGCAACAGCCUAUUGAAGUCGGAUUGAGUGUACAACAUGAUGGCCCUGUAGAAGAACCUGACAGGAACUGGCAUGAAAAUGUAGACCAGGAGUGGCUUCAUGAAACCCCUGAAGAUGAAGAUAGACAAGGUACCCUUCUUCUGGAAGCACAUCAACAUUGGCAUAGCGAUAAUUCUCAAGCGACUGAAGCAAACUGGCAAGAUGGACCAUCAGACUCUUUAAAUGAUCAGCAUUCUUUUCGUGUUAUAAGAAACGGAGUCAUUUCAUCAGAUGAUGACAAUGUGUAUAGCAUGGAACUUCAGGAACUCUUGAGCAGGCGAAGUGUAUCUAAUCUUCUUCACAGUGGGUUUCGUGAAAGUCUCGACCAACUAGUACAGUCCUAUAUUCAAAGGCAGGGGCGUGAUGCAUUUCAGUGGGACAUGCAAAGUGCUAUGCCUGACCAUGUUUCACCAGAGGAAGACCAGAGGCAGCAAAGAGAUGAUUUGAUUCAGAGCCAACAAGAUUCUGUUACCAGGCCUCUACAUACUCCACCAACGCCACCGACACCACCUCCGCUGCCACUAUGGCAUUCAGAAUUGCAUAACAGUUGGAGUCGGCAGCACAUCCGUCGCACCGAUAUUGAAUGGGAUAUUGUUAAUGAUUUAAGGGCUGACAUGGCUAAGCUUCAGCAAGUGAUGUGUCAUAUGCAACGGAUGUUGGAGGCAUGCUUAGAUAUGCAGCUAGAGUUGCAGCGUGCGGUUAGACAAGAGGUUUCAGCAGCUUUAAAUCGUUCAGUUGGAGAACAUGCAGGGGAAGUCGGAGAAUCAUCAGAAGAUGGAAUAAAAUGGAGUAACGUGAGAAAAGGGAUUUGUUGUGUCUGUUGCGAUAAUCAAAUCGACUCUCUUCUUUACAGAUGUGGGCACAUGUGCACCUGCUCAGGAUGCGCGAACGAGUUGGCUCAAGGCGGAGGCAAGUGCCCUUUGUGCCAUGCACCCAUCGUUGAGGUGGUUCGUGCCUAUUCCAUAGUGUAGAAGUAAUAAACUGGGUUGGAGACAAAAGGGGGACCGUCGGUUUCGAUGAGGGGAAGGGAAGCUCUCCAGAUUCAUCAAAAGAUGUAUCCGUGGUCGUUCAUGGUGUCUUUGGCUUUAGGCAUUCUUAUGAUUAUUAUGAGAGUCAGGAAUUUUGAGUGGACCUGUAAAUGGCACCUUCUCAUCAUCACUGAUUCACAAUAAAUAUUAUAAAAAAAGAAAAAAAUGAAGCAAAGGGUUCCUAGAACUUUUUGUUCGUAUCA